CGGUGCGCGCGGCGCUCGGGAGCCCGCCAUCAAAGACCGUCGCUGGUCGCCAUGCUGCUGGAGGUCGUGCUGCUUUUGCUGAUGUCGGUGGCCGUGCUGUACGAGUGGAGCCCGCGUUUCCGCUACAACCUGCGCUUCAUGGUGAUGUACGGCGGAGCACUGCUGGUGGGUAUCUGCGUGGCGCCGCUGGGCCUGCUGCGACCAUGCGACGCGCGCAACUCGCUGCUCUUCACGCGGCCGCUGCGGCUGGUCGGCCUGCUGCUCGGCAUCCGCUGGCAAGUGCGUGGCGCGCAGCACCUCCAGCCCGACCGCGCCUGCAUCGUCGUCGCCAACCACCAGAGCGCCGUCGACGUUCUGGGCAUGGUGGAGUUGUGGCCGCGUCUGGGGCGCGUCGUCACCGUCAUGAAGAAGGAAAUCUGGUUGGGCUUGCCAUUCGCGCUGGCUUGCUGGCUCUGUGGCCAGCUCUUCAUCGACCGGUCGAACGCGACGCGCGCGCGCGCUUCGUUGGAGCGCGCUGCCCAGCGCAUGCUGGAUGAGCGGCUGGCUGUCUGGUUCUACCCGGAGGGCACGCGCAACCGCAGCGGCACGGGCCUGCUGCCGUUCAAGAAGGGCGCCUUCCACAUGGCGGUGCGCGCGCAAGUGCCGGUGGUGCCGGUGGUGUUCGGCCCGUACCGCGCAUUCCUCGAGCCGGCGCGCUGUCACUUCGAGCCGGGCCUGGCGGUGGCGCAGGUGCUGGACCCGAUCCCGACCGAGGGGCUGGGCGUCGACGACGUACCUCAGCUGCUGGAACGGGUGCAGGGCCGCAUGGCUGAGGCUUACUGCCAGCUAUCGGAGGAGCUAGAUGCGACAAAGGCAACCUAGGAAGUGGGGCAUGGGAACGCGCGAACCCGGCGCCUCGGGGGCAUUGACGUUAGGACGGCGUAGUCUCGUAUUUAUUUCGGUUUCCUGCUCGGCGUGGUGUGUGUGUAUGAUAAGUUCAGUGUCAUAGAUGCUUACAAGCGCUCUUCAUGUAAGCUGGACGAUGUGCGGAUGUGGUAUAUUUCUAAACCUUCGUGAUGCUAUUUUUGGAUCCCGAGAGCCACGCACAUGCUUCGUCGAAAGAAUGUCAAAACUCGAGCGAAAAAUUCAAGCGCGUAAACUGCGCUAGUCGGUCCGCCUGGGCUCAACCUUUGCGUAAGGUCCUUUGGAUUGUGACCAUUGCGGCGCUGUGCUCUGGUAAGAGUAGUCAGCACGUAGACAGUAUUGUAUCCCUGUAUUCCUCAGCAGUGCUAAAGUAUUGAGGCAUUAUCUUUCGUACUUGCCAGGUAUGGGUAACCUGUUUGGGUUUGGCUCUAUGGAAGGUGGGUGUUUUAGCUUGUGUUGAGGUGGAAGGAGC